GAAUGUGGCUGGUGCGGAAAAACAGUUGAUGAAAAUACAGGACUAACAUCUUCGUCUGCAAUUUUUUGUUCUGAACUCUGCUUCUCACAAUCAAGAAGGGCUAGUUUUAAAAAGAAUAGAACUUGCGACUGGUGCAAGCAUGUGCGUCAUACGGUGUCAUAUGUCGAUUUUCAGGACGGAGCAUCCCAACUCCAGUUUUGCUCGGACAAAUGUUUGAAUCAGUACAAAAUGCAUAUUUUCUGCAGAGAAACCAGAGCUCAUCUGGAACUUCACCCGCACUUACACACCGAUGAAUCAACCAAUGGCACUCUGAUUACACCUGACCUAUGGCUCAGGAACUGCAAAUCACCUGAACUGCGACGGCCAUCUCCAGAGACUUCUCCGAAACCUCAAGAAAAGAACACGCAGGCUUCACCUUUGCCAUUGAUAUCGAUCACACACCCUUCUAAGUUGAUGGAGUCUGUUGAACAUCGAAAAAAUAGGCUCAAACUUCAGAAGAAGUCCAGAAGGAAGUUACCAGCAACAGUGACCUGUAAUUCAUUUCAGAAAAUUCCUCCAUGCGAUAUCCCCCAGGAUUUGAGAAUAAGACACUCCCCCACUGACUUCGAACAUAAGGUCGAACAAGCUUGCCCAAUAAAAACACCGGAAGCACCGGUUAAUCCUGUAGAUCCGCCAAAAGAGCCUAGAGUUCCAAACCCUCACUGCAAUUCUCAAACUCACGACGACCCUCAACCUAGAAAAUCUAUGGAUAAUCUGUUACCUCCACCUACGUUGAUUGUUCCUUACCCUAUCAUUCUGCCUCUGCCCAUUCCAAUUCCUAUUCCGAUACCAAUACCAAUACUGAGGGAAGAAAAGAAGAAUCAGGCAGACAAAAAGGAUGGAUUCACCCAGACUGAAGAAGAAAAAGUCGAAAAAGCUGAAAAAGACAAUGAAUGUUUGGUUGUUGAGAAAGAUAAAGAAAUGAAACAUCCAGGUAGACCUCUUAGAAAACGAAAGAAGACAUAUGAACCUAUGGGACGAUUAGUUGUUAAAACAAGGAAAGUUAUUACAAAUUCCAACUGAAACAUCAAACUUGUAUAGCAGAUCAGUCGGAAUGGAAUGUGUAAUUUUUAAUCUAAUUUAUUGAAUAAAUAAUCUAGGGUGAAUUAAUUAUAAUUGCGAAAUGCCAAGGGGUUGUUGCUACCGACAUCAAAGUACAUAUUAUUGGAUGGACACAUCGGAUAUACACUUAGAAAUAAAUAUAUAUUAAUAAGGAUAUUAACUAGUCUUCGUAUCGUUGAUGAGAUAUUUAUCAAAAUGAAAUAAAUGAAUAAAGUCCAGAAUUACCAUGA